UAUAUAAAAUAAAUUCAUGUUUCGCAACAACUCGUGCUAUAUUAUGUCAUUAUGUAUAAUAUAAAUUCAAAUAAAAAUAUUUUAAUAAUGGUAAUAUAAUCAAAUUAUUAAUAUGAUGUCUGCAAUUUUCAUUAUUAUGCAAAAUGGAUGAAAUUCUUUUUCGCCUUCAUCAACGUGUUGAAGCUUUACAGGUACAGGGUAAUAUUAUGAGCCAAAAUGGUACUGAACUUUUACGACAAUAUUUAGCUCAACUACGUGUUACGAUGUCACAGCUAGCAAGUAAUGACAGAGUUGCAGAAGCUCAACAUUUUUUCUCAAACAACCUAUCCAAUUUAAAACAGCAUUAUGCAAAUGCCCGAAGUAAUUUCACAGAGCUAAUACAACCUGCGGUCAUAUACGGACAUUUAACACAUUUCUUUAGAAAUGAACUUGCCAUUAAUAACACAUUUUAUCUUAUAAUUGGACUUGUGAUCGGUGGUGCUGGUGGAACUAUGUUUGGGUGGUAUCUUGCCUGUCCUCCUGUUACACCAAAUUUUAUGAAAGCGGUUGUUGCUAUAUCGUAUCGUGGUAUAAAUGCUGUGACUUCCAGUCAAAAGGUCCAAGUUCCAGUUUUGAACCAGCAGUCUGACGAAUUGCUUAUCCGUGUUAAAGCUGCUGGUCUUGUAAAAUUGGAUGAUCGAAUUGCUAAAGGCUAUGCUAAAGUGUUGCGUAGUCUGUACUCAAAAUCUAAGGAAAGUUUUCCAGUGAUUCUUGGGAGAGCUUGUUCAGGUGUGGUCGAAGCAGUUGGAGGAUCAUCAGAUUUAUUUGAACCUGGAGAUGAAGUUUGGGCAAUUACGCCUUAUUACUUGCCAGGUUUGGCAUCAGAAUUGACAAUAAUUCAUCAGAACCAAGUUAGCAGGAAACCGAAACAAUUGGGAUAUAUAGCUGCUGCAAGUCUUCCUUAUGGUGGUUUUAUUGCGAUGAAAGCACUCGAAGGUGCUAAUUUAAAUGAAGCCACUGCUAAAAAUAAAAGAAUAUUCAUAUUGGGUGGAAACUCUCCAGUUGGAUGCAUCCUUGGACAAUUACUACAAUCGUGGGGAGCUCACAUUACAGUAUCUUGUGCACCGAUUGGUAUAAAAGUUGCCAAAGCCUUAGGGGCUCAUGAUGUCAUAACAUUAAUUCCUGAAAAUGUAGACUGCAGUAUGGCAGAAGAUGAACUUCAGAAUAGCACUGAUUUAUUGUUAAAGGAAUUACAACUGAAUGAUCCAUUUGAUACGAUAUUUUUAACGGUGGAAUCAAAUAUGAAGCAUACACAGUGGUUGAAUUUCAUAAAUAAGGAAGGAUGUAUUAUUAAUACUAUUGAGCCUGAGUUGUUGAGCGAUAGCUUUGGUUUAAUAUUGAGGACAAUAUAUUCUUUUGGUUUUUAUGCUAAACGAAUUAUUGAGCAUAUUUUUGGAAGACAGACAUUACCAGCAAACGUAAUACUAGACAAAUUAGCAUUAUAUGUUGAUAGCUAUCAAAUACGUACAGUAGUAGACAGGGUUUUCACACCGUCUGAUUCAGAAGUUGCAAUGGCCCAUUGUUGCAGCGCAGACUCGAUAGGUGGAGUGCUUUGUGUACAAGCAGAAGAUGAGAUUAAUCUGCAGGAGGUUGUUGACAAAUUACCAGAAGAUCUGGUCGGAAAAUUGAACAUUUCAGCACUUCCUUCGACAGAGGAAGCAGAAAAACUGGCCAGAGAAAAAUGCAGAAAGGAAAGUGGAAGCGACGAUGCUUACGAUAAAGCUUUUGCCGCCAAAGAUGAGCUGAAGACUUGUUUCACGUCUUUGCUGAAUAUGGAGGAACUUAAACAGGAGAUGGAAAAGGCUAAACCGACAGGAGAUUUAGAUUUAGUUUUUUUAAAAAAUACUGCCAAUUGACACCCGUCCUUAAACAAUGUGUCUUCAAUUUCACAUUAUCGAUAGAACCAUGCCUGGACGAACAGGAAAAGGACCAUAAAAGGACAUUUCAAAACGUAACAGACAGCCUGGCUGAUUUUAUCUGU